AUGGAUACAGGCUCGGGCAUGCUUUCGGUGUUUUCCAACAGCCAAGGCACAUCCCUUUAUUCGUCUUCCUGGACACCGACAACCUCUGGUCAAUACGCCGGCACAUGCAUCUUCCUGAUUAUUCUGGCCAUCAUAAGCCGCCUUCUCGCUGCCUUUAAGGUGGCCAUGGAACGCAAAUGGCUGGCAAUCGCACUUAAUCGACGCUAUGUGGUAGUCGCAGGCAAGAAGCAAGAGGCAGACUCCAGCAACAGCGAUCCGGAUUCUGUCAACACUGCUCUCCUUACAACUCAAGGGGCCCAAGAGAAUGUCAAGGUAGUCCGCCGAGUUUCUCACGGUCCGCAACCCUGGCGAUUCAGCGUCGACUUGCCCCGAGCACUGCUCUUUCUUUGCAUCAUAGGUGUCAAUUAUCUACUGAUGUUGGCAGUCAUGACCAUGAACAUCGGCUAUUUCCUCUCGACUCUGGCUGGUGCGUUCAUCGGCGAAUUGGCAGUGGGCCGGCACAUUGAGUGGGGUGAGCAUUAG